GCGAGACGUCGGAUCUUCGCGGUUGCGUAUCAGCAUAUUUUCGAAAUGGAGUCAUCAGCCACCGCUGAUUAAAAUUGAGUUUAGCUCACUCGCUUCUUCUUCUUCUUCUUCUUCUUCUGCUUCCUCUCGCUCGGGAAUCCAAUCGCGUCCGCAUAGUAAAUUUCCACGUUACGAGGCCUCGCGCGGGAGCUUCUGCUGGUAAUUUCGUUACGGCAUAUUGGCUUUGUUAUGAUUACGCGCGAGAACUUGUUCGUUUUACGAGCCGGCGCGUGACUCCCGGCCGCGGCUUCCCAGAAAAACCCAUGCAAAUUCCGCGGCGAUCCAUUCUUCAAGGCAGUCCCGCGCCGAGAUAAUCUCUGCAGCCGGCCCCGUGCGCUGGAGGAAAGGGAAAAAGAGAAGCCGUAAUCGUGACCUGACCUCGUCGUCGGUAGCGCGAUAUGAACACCUCGAUAGCGCAUCAGCGGCGGCCCUAAUGAUCGGCAAUGAGCUCUCACCCUCGCCGCCGCUGCGGAGGACGAGGAGUGUGAAAAAAAGGUCGAGGGAACAGCUUCUUAAUACGCGAGCGUUGAUUUUUCUCGAGAGCAAGAGAGAAGCAUUAAAAAGUUCUCUCUCUCUCUCUCUCUCUCUCGAGGAGCGCACAGCAUCAACCUGCUGCGAGCGUGACUCCCAUAACUCAGAGUACCCAUACCUGCGCCGCAAAGUCUCUCUCGAAACGCACUCCACUGCGUCAGACGUCACUCGAAUCGAUUAUUCUCGUCCGACGUCAUUCGCCCACUGUAUGACACGUGUGUGUACUAGCCGCGCUCCGAGUCGUCGAGUAUUAAUCGUUUCUCUGGCAACUGCCGUAAUUACGUUAGAAUCUUGACAACGAGGCGAUCAGCGCGACUGUCGAACGUUUCCGCACACGUGAAUCGUCGAGCUGCUCCGUACAGCCUACUGCGUCGGACUACAGAAGGAGAGCGCAAAAAAGCUCGCCCGAUAAAUCCGAGUCCAGUAGGUAUCACGAAAUCCGUGAAAUUCAUGAGAUCCUCGCGUCUGUCACGGUAAAUCAGUCGCGCAGAAAUGUGUAGCGGCGGCCGGCGAAUUUAUUACCGCGUCCCCUAUCAGAGUAUACUCUCUUGGCGUAUACAUAUAAAGAGAGGAUAAGAGCAGAGCGCAUAUACAGAGCUGCGCGAUUAGAUUUACAGAAGGAGGUGGUAGUAUCGCUGCGAAGCCGAGGCAUAAAGCACUCGCUCGCUACGCGAGGAAAGCAAGGAUCUUUUGUUCUUCCGCGAUCCUGUUUUCGCCGCAGAGCCGAGUUGCGAGCUCGGAUGCUUCUUCUUCUUCUUCUUCUUCUUCCUUCGCCGUUCCUCAUUCGCUGCCCCGGCGCUGCUGAAAAGACGCGGAGAUCUCUCGUGUAUACGCGCGCGUGGGCGGCUAUAACGUAUGGCUGCUGCCGUGCGCGUACGGGAAUCUAAUGCUGGGGUUGAAACCGACGGGAUGGAAAGAUUGGAUGUGCAUCUCGUUCCCCGGCUCGCGUUAACGCGGCGCCGAGCUUCUCCCUCCCGCACUCUUUCUGUUUAUCCGGCUAAUCGAGAGCGAAGAAAUCUCGUCGUAAUUGACCGAGCGAGUUCUUAUUUUAACCGCGAGCAAAAUGAGAGGAAUCGCGUAAUAAAAAGGAAGGCCAUGCAGGGACAAACUUCCCUCGGAAUAUCGGUCGUAUUAACGGUUAUAUACAGCAUUACGCGCGCAUUUUCCGAAAUAAAAGACGCGCCCACGCGAGCAUCCGACGAGCUCGGGCGGAAAAUCAGAAAGCACUCGACUAAUUUCCAUUCGCGCUGUAGCAAAAAGUCCGAGAGAGAGAGAGAAAAGAACGCGCGGCGGCGAUAAAAUAUGACGAGUGCGCGCGCGCGAGGGUGAAACGUAAGUAAGAGCCUCGUAAAAGCCAGGGCCUCUUAUGCGAGCGUCUCCGCAUACCUCCUGUACGCGCGCGGCUACUUCUAUAUCUCUCUUCUGCCGUGCUUACUCUCCGCGCCGCGAGAGAGUGAGAAAAGGGGGGCAGAACGUUGCUCCCUCUCGCUAUAAUUCCUGCCGAUAAUGCAACCGGGCCUUUUUUUAUCCCUAUCUGCGCGCCGCCUCGUUCUCUUAUCGCUGCGCUCCCCGACUGCACCGCACGCGCACAAUGGGCUUUAUUAAAGCGAUCGAUGCUGCCGCUGUCGCUGCACACGCGAGGUUUCCUCUCCUUCCUUUUUUUUUCCAAUUUAUAUCAACAGGUUGCCUCUACGCGCCCGGAAGAGAUUCCUCGCUCUCUAGAUUUAUGUAUGCGAGCAAAAAAAGCGCGCGUAAACGUCGCGUAAUUAAAACUGCGGCCGAUACCUACGUCGACAUCUUUAUCCCAGGCUUUCCGCAAUUACAUAGCUGACUUACAGCCCAAAGAAGAGCCAGCCGGUCGGAAAAACAAAGGGGAAACGUCGGCGUUGGAUAAGCAAACAGCGAUGAUGUCGAGCUGCAAAAAUUGAAAUGGUCAGCACACCCGUUACGCGCAUUUGAAUUCCGCACUUUAUGUGCAGUUUAUAAACCUACGCCCUAUUCUCGUUGUCAUCUAGCCGAUCGACUUCUCGAGAGAUAUAGGGAGAGGGAGAGCUUUCUUGAAUUACAAAGUAAAGAGCGAGCGCCUGCUGAGUGGCUCGCGAUCUAUUUACUCCUACAGUAGCGCAGUCGAUGCGUGCGCGAGUUAGGUAUUCGUCAAAGUCGGCCUGGAAUUUCAACGAGGAUCGAGCUCAGCUCCGCGUUAAAUUUCAAGCGUAUCGAUUAUAAUUUUAAGAUGCCGAGCGCGUGGAUCGAUCACCCAAAGCGCUUGACAAGACAGACGAAGCCGAAAAUGACGCCAAGUGCGAAAGUCGGCAAGUCGCUUGAGAUAAGAUUUUUUUUUGUUUUUUUUUUUUUUUCAAAAGUAGAUUUCACAUUAUCGAGCGCGCGAAAGGAGCAUCGGCCAUAAAUUCCAUUUCGCGCUUGCGCGUGUACCUCCGAGCAUUAAGCGCAAAGAGAGAGAGAGAGAGGAAUCGAAGUGGAUUAUAUAAAUCGACGUUAUUAGCGCUGUACUACGCGUAUAAAGUGCUUGAAAAAGGAAGAGACACUCUAGCGCCGAGUGAAAACACGUUCGAAUUUAUCCACAGCCGCGCCCUUUUCCGGAGUCGUUUUUCAUUCGCGAAGAAUUUUUUUCUUCGCACACAUCCACUCGCGAAUACACGCGCGCGAUGCUCUCAGCGUCAGAUCCAAAAGCAACAGAAUGGAGUAAGCUGCGCGCAUAAAUUAUGAAAAAAGACACUUUCGUUCCAAGGCCUCGUCGACACCUAUAGACUGACGCGGAGAAAAUAAAAUUACCCCCACGUACAGAGCGCAGCUGCGUAGCAGUCGUCGUCGUCGGACGAGAAAAUUGAUAAGAGCUGUGUAUAGAGUAGAAAAAAAAGCAAUUAAAGUAAACACGCUUAAUACGCGGGCAAUUUGUCUUAUUUUCUCGUCUCUCUCUCUCUCUCUCUCUCUCUCUCUCCUUUUCGUGCCAAUGUCGCGCGUCCAACGCGUAUAUGCACACCCACGCGCGCAUUGUUCGACGGAAUCUCGCGGCGAUUUGCCGAGGAUCGGAAUGAAACUGACUGAUGUGUAUCCUAUAUACUCCUUUUUUUCUCUCGCUGCAGUUUAUGCGUUUAAUGGGCUUCAUUAUCUCGCGCUCGCGAUUUAUAUAACCGACUAUACUGCCGUUUAAUUUACUUAUACAAUAGAUCAGCCGAUUUACGCAAUCGAUAUACAACUAUGUGAGAGAAUUGCGAGAAAUUAGCCCUUUGAAACGGGAUUUCGAAGCGUAACAGAAUAAGAAAACGAGCGGCGGCUCGAUUACGGAAAAACCAGACACUUUUACCCGCCGCGUCACUCGCACUCUCGUCCCGUUCUUUUGCGGCCUGCGCCUGACGCUUUAUCUACCUCUUCCUUCAGAGCAAUAAUGUAACACAAGCGAUAUCGAGACCGAUUGAAUUCUAUCCAAUUAAUCAGUCGGCUAUCGCUAUUAGACGGAGUUGGCGAACUCUUUGGUGCGUGGGCGGGCAAUUAAAAAUUUGCGCGAAGCGCGUCCGAUAAUCAAACGUUGCGUUCCCUUGUUUAUCGUGUACUUUCACAUCACACGGUAUUGCAGCGCUCUAAAAUUUGCCGUACGUAACGCGUGGGGGGCGUAGAGCAAUUUCGUAUUUUAGCUCCAUACGCGGCAAGUUCUGAAACGCGCGCGAGUUUUAAUUCGAUUGAAAAACCCGGCGUGCACAAUCAACGUCUCAAUUUGCACGAGAGACAUAAAAGCUGGAGAAUUACGGUACACUGAAGCGCGCAAUUGAUAAGAGCAUCCCUUACGUUUAUCCGCGGCGAAUCUACGAAACUCGAGAGAUAGAGCUAGAGAGCGACCGCAUACACACCGUUAUGUCGAACGAGAGGGCUCUGCGAUACUCGGAUUCUGGAAUUUCGGCUGGAGUUCGCAACGCGAGACUAUAUAUAUAUAUAUAUAUAUAUGCGCUCGCGUAACCGUAUAUCAGCAAGCGCGAGGUAAUAUUAGCUAAAUUUUAAUUCCGGCUCUAUAGACUCGGUUAAUCGAGUGGGUAAGCAGAAUUAACACGCGUGGAUUAACGCGGCGCAAAGCUCUCGGGGUGAGAGAAAAAUCGAUGAGCUUGCGACGCGCAGGCGGGCUUCGUAUAUAAUAAAUAUAGUUACGAUAAGCGCUAUCAUCGCUGCGGCAAAACUAUAAUCCACGCGCUGCAGCGACGAGUCUUUUAUAAUGGGCAUAUUUUCGAGGAUUAACGACCUAACGGGUGAUAGGCUGCAUUAUCGGAAAGAAAGAGCUGGAAAACAGGACGAGCGUUGUAACGUGUCCUCUAUCGCGAGCGCGUAUCAACAGGCAGGUAUAUAUAAUAACACGAAAAACAAUGCUCGGACGCAUACGCACCGCGGCCAAUAAAGCGUGAUUUAUCUGCGUGGAAAUCGAGCGCGCGGUGAUUUGUGGCCGAGUGUUGCACCGCCGUGGGACUCAUCUCUCUCUCUCCCUCUCUCUCCUACCUCUUGGGCCGCGUGCAUACGCGCGCGUAAAGGGCCCGUACGGGAGGAGAGAGGGAGCAUCUGCCGCUAUAUAAGUGCGCCCGGCGCCGACCUAACGCUUCUCUAUACUGCAAGCGGUCAACUCCGCAGUCGUCGGAUAGUUUUCUCUUCGCGAGCUAGUGUAGGCGGAAAAGAGAGAUAGCUGCUAUUUUCCUCCUGUAAUCCCGGAAAAACAUGGUCAACCAAUCGACAAAGAGGUUCCUGCUGCUGCUGCUGCUGGCAGAGGCGGUCCUCUGCGCACCGCAGGACAGCUGGGGCAAGUCCAAGGCGACGACGCAGUACCACACGCAGAACGCCGUGAGCGGCGCCUAUCAGUACGGCUAUACCGGGCCCCACCACGCCAAGUCCGAGUCCAGCUUCAACGGCGUCACUCGAGGCGGCUACUCCUACAUCGACGCCAACGGCCUCAUGCAGACGGUCUCUUACACCGCCGACGCGGAGAACGGCUUCCGAGUGCACGCGAGCAACCUGCCCAACCCCAACGCCCUGAACCCGGUCCAGGACACGCCUGAGGUCGCCCUGGCCAAGAAGCGGCACCUCGAGCAGCUGCGCAGGGCCGAGUCCUACUCGUGGCAGCAGCAGCCGCAGGAGAACUACGACUACCAGCCGAGGUCCCAGCAGCGACAGCGCAGCCCCUACCUCCUGUCCCCGGAGGAGGCCCGCAGCAUCCCGGCGCCUCGUCCCAGCAACGCCAUCGUCCUCGACUCCGCCAAGGACGACGAGCGGGACGGCAGUUUCCUGCGCAGACCCGUCAAGUACACGGUGGUCCCGCAGCUCUACGCCAUGCCGCUGCCGCUGAUCCACAGCUCGAUGCGGCACACCCAGGAUUCGCUGGGCCGGUACGAGUACAGCUACACCGGAGACACCAGCGCCAAGACCGAGUCCCGGUCCUUGGACGGAACGACCCGGGGCGCCUAUAGCUACAUCGACGCGAACGGGCUGCUGCAGCAGGUGCACUACGUCGCCGACAAGGACGGCUUCCGCGUGCUGGCUACCAACCUGCCCGAGGCCUGAGUCGGCAGGUCUGCGUGCGAGCGAGUUUGCGUAUGUACGAGUCGCGGUGGAUGCGCGGAUCAAUGGGGAUCGAUGGUUUUUCCGAAUUGAAUUAUUGCGGGGCUUAUUUAUUCACUUUUUUUUUCAGGUGUUGGUUUUCCUGGGCAAGCGCACGGAUUGCGAUCCUUUUAUAAAUCAAAGUCUUUAUUCGGUCUUAUAAAAAGGAUCGUAACGACGUACGUUACCGUAGCGCGCAUCCAUAGCGACGAUGUUGGGAAGUUUGAUUGUAUUUUAGUAAUAUAAGAGUUGGAGUCGAUUAUCAUUCGAUCGAUCAACACUAGAAUCUAGCACGUUAUAGUCGUAUAUGUACACUUUGCCAUUCGAUCGACUGCGUGGACGGAAAAUAAUUGGAACCGAGUGUCUACCCUAUGUCGAAAAUGUCACGCGAGUUAACGAUUCACUGCGCGUCACACAGCAAACAGACACUACACACGCCUGCGACGAUCAAACAAUCAAAAUGCAAUGUAAUAAUUUCUCCUCGAGAACCUGUUUACCUCCGUUUAUUGCGACAUUAUAUAUGUACCUUGUACAAGCCGAUAUAUCCCGACGAGCAAAUUGACGUUAUAUACCCAUAGAGCAAGAGGACUGAUCGACAAACGCGAGGAACGACAAUAUAAUAAAAGAUCUUUUGUAAAAGACCAAAAGCAAAAAAAAGAAAAAAACAGAAAUUCAACUAUCGUA